UGACCUUGUUGAACCCGCGACCUUCUGAGUUUCCUACAAAGUGCACUGCCAGGUUGGUUGUUGUCAAUAUUGAACAACUGCCGUACAUAUAUCUCAGAACUCUGCAUCAUGUAUGAAAUCUACGCUGCCGGUGCGGCGGCUGCAUUCACAGUAGACUGUCUGGUUUACCCCCUCGAUACCCUCAAGACCCGGUAUCAAAGCCAAGAUUUCGUUCAGACCUAUGCGUCGUCGCCAGGUAACAAAGCGCCGCUCUUCCGCGGCCUUUACCAAGGCAUCGGCAGUGUGGUCUUGGCUACGUUACCAGCAGCUGGCAUCUUCUUCGCCACGUACGAGACCAUGAAGACGACGAUAUCCAAUACCGUCUCGGUCCCGCUGCCCUUGGUGCACGCGUCUGCCUCGGCCAUCGCUGAGAUGGGCUCAUGUCUGGUGCUCGCGCCCGCAGAAGUAAUCAAGCAGAACGCGCAGAUGCUCCGUCGGCAGGAGGGCGGCGGUGGCGGGGCAGGCAGCAGACGAUCAACAUCUCUCGAGGCCUUGCGCCAGGUCACGGGCUCCGGGGCUCAGAGACGGCUCUUCUCGGGAUACACGGCGCUCGUGGCGCGCAACCUACCCUUUACGGCACUACAGUUCCCCAUUUUCGAGCAAGUUCGGAAGACAAUAUGGGCCUCUGGGGAGCGGGGGAGGACGGCGGGCGAGGAGCAUGGGCUCGUCGAGACGGGCGUGGUGACGGGGACCAGCGCCGGGGCGGCGGGGGCGUUUGCGGCCUUCAUCACGACACCGGGCGACGUCGUCAAGACGAGAAUGAUGCUGAGCGCAGGCGAGACAGGCUCGGGAAGCGGAAGCAGAGAGGGCGACGCCUCGCCACGGGGUUCUGGCGAUGCGUCGAAGCCAUUGAGGAAGAGCCGCGGAAGCCUGGAGGUGACGAAGGAUGUGUACCAGAAGCACGGCGUGCGCGGGCUCUUCCGUGGCGGAGGGUUGCGCGCCGUGUGGACAGCCGUUGGAAGCGGUCUCUAUCUGGGGACGUACGAGAUGUCAAAAGUCUGGCUCACGCGAGGAAAGGACGAAUCGGACGUUGUCGGAGGGCUGUGACGGGCGGAAGGGAUGCAUGAUGAACGCAGGGUGCAUCGAAGGAGCAAGAGGUGAAGGCUGCAUGACUGUAUGUACUGUUGUGCAAAGAACAGAUGGUCGCGAAUAACGGGGCGUGAAAGCAGACGGAGGGGCCUUGAGGAGGGAGUGCCUCCGAAACACAGUCUGGCUUCAAGCUGCGGCAGAGGAGAGAGAAUGGUGGAUGGCUAGGUGGAUUUACCGCACCUAACUGCUGCACCACCGGUGCGUCGAGGCCGAGACCGCCCCCUGUGGAGACUGAUCUGUGGCGUGGCCAGGGCCUGGGAGAUCCCGGGGUAGGCCGGGUUUCUGAGUGGGUGACUGCCCCGCGGCUCCGAGUGAAAGGCACUUGUAGCCGGACGAAGGACAUCCAUAGACGGAUAUAGAACAAGAAAGGGGGGAAAUAGAA